GGCGUGGGGCUCAAACCUGUAACCUUCAGCUCCAGAGGUAGACGCACACACACUAACAUAUCUGUCUGUCCUCGCUACCGGCUUUGCUGACCACAUGUAGGUGGAAUGUGCCGUGUGCGCGAGCCAAGGCCCGCGCUGGAAGAUCGGUGCUGAGCUCUUCCGAGCCCCCGCGCGCCCAGUUGUCCGUCGGCAGCGCAAGGCAGGCACGUGCGCAAAAGAGGAGGCGAACGCGCACAAUAACUCGCGCAGCUUGUGCCGCUCGCUACAGAACGUCGUCAUCGCCAGCGGAGCGCAAAGACCUCACCGGGAAGCCUCUAAAUUCUUCGUCUGAACAGUGAAGUUAUAAUAAACUAUUCAUGAUCCUCAAGCAUUUCCUAAGCGUUUUGCCACUUCUUUUUUACCUGGGUCCAGUGUGGUGUUCAGAGGAUGAGACCCGCCUCGUUAAAACCCUGUUUACAGGCUACAACAAGGUUGUUCGACCCGUCAAUCACUUUAAGGACGCUGUGGUUGUGACAGUGGGAUUGCAGCUCAUCCAGCUCAUCAGUGUGGAUGAAGUCAAUCAGAUUGUGACCACCAAUGUGCGACUGAAACAGCAAUGGAAAGAUGUGAACUUACAAUGGAAUCCAGAUGAUUAUGGUGGAAUCAAAAAGAUUAGAAUACCUUCCACUGAUAUUUGGCGCCCAGACUUGGUUCUCUAUAACAACGCUGAUGGUGACUUUGCCAUUGUGCAGGAGACUAAGGUGCUGCUGGAGCACACGGGUAUGAUUACAUGGACACCGCCUGCCAUCUUCAAGAGCUAUUGUGAGAUCACUGUGCUGUACUUCCCAUUCGACCUUCAGAACUGCAGCAUGAAACUGGGUACAUGGACCUACGAUGGCAACCUAGUCGUGAUCCAACCGGACAGCGACCGACCUGAUCUGAGCAACUUCAUGGAGAGUGGCGAGUGGGUGAUGAAGGACUACCGUAGCUGGAAGCACUGGGUGUCCUAUGCCUGCUGCCUCGACACUCCCUACCUGGACAUCACCUACCACUUUCUCUUGCAGCGGCUACCGCUCUACUUCAUUGUUAAUGUCAUCAUCCCCUGCAUGCUCUUCUCGUUCCUCACUGGCCUUGUCUUCUACCUACCCACUGACUCUGGUGAAAAGAUGACCCUCAGCAUCUCUGUGCUACUCUCCCUGACUGUAUUUCUGCUGGUCAUCGUGGAGCUGAUCCCCUCCACCUCCAGUGCUGUGCCUCUCAUUGGGAAGUACAUGCUUUUCACCAUGGUGUUUGUCAUCACCUCUAUCAUCAUCACUGUUAUUGUAAUCAACACCCACCACCGCUCACCCAGCACCCACACCAUGCCCCAUUGGGUGCGCAAGGUUUUCAUCGACACCAUUCCCAAUAUCAUGUUCUUCUCAACCAUGAAGCGGCCAUCCAAGGAGAAGCAGGAGAAGCACAUCUUCACAACUGACUUUGACAUCUCAGAUAUCUCAGGGAAACCCACCCCUGCCUCUGUCACAUUUGAGUCUCCCAUCACUAAAAACCCUGAUGUGCGCAGUGCCAUUGAUGGAGUCAAGUACAUUGCUGAAACCAUGAAGUCAGAUGAAGAAUCCAACAAUGCUGCUGAGGAGUGGAAGUUUGUUGCCAUGGUGUUGGACCAUAUCCUACUGUGUGUCUUCAUGGCUGUCUGUAUCAUCGGCACAUUGGCCAUAUUUGCUGGCCGCCUCAUUGAACUCAAUAUGCAGGACUAGGAAGCCUCAUGGAAGCGAAGACUCUCAGAAGUAUGGCUCUACUCUUUUCUACAGUGCAGCCUUGUAAUGGUGAAGAUUAGAAAUUUAUAAACAUUUGCAAACAUUUUGUCAAUAAUUCUGUAGUUUUAAAUGGUUUCCACCUUCAGUGUAUUGUUUAUGUAUGUUACUCUCUAGACCAUGUGAAUGUUAAAAUGUGUGAGCCAGAGAAUUAAAUAAGCAUGACUGCAUAUACAUGCCUGUUCCAUUAAAAGAUUAAACAUGUUUUACAAACCUGCAGAAAUCAAUAAAGGUUUGUCAGGGUAUUACACCCUACAUUGCCUGGCCAAGAACUCAAAUGAAUUUUAUU